GCUCGCCUUCAACCUCUCCCAGACGCGUCGCCCUCGUCUCCACUUCAUUUCCACACCGAGGAAGCCAGGGAGAGAGCUUCAGCUCUCCCUCUCCACCUCUUGCUCGUCGUCGACCGCCAAGAAGGAGGAGCUCGCAUUCAUCGUCGAGCCAUCGUCAUCACCAACUCUUUCUCGUUCCAUAUUCCUCACUUCAUGCCUACCACUUUACCCUUUGACACCAUCUCAUUUCAUCCAUUGCAGCGACGGAAACGCCGCCGUGGCCCCCGGAGCUCUGCGCACCGCCGCAGCCGACAUCGUCGUCGUUCCGACCGCUGUAGACCAAGCCGAGCCGAGCCAUCACGCCAACGUCUUCUCCUUGAAGUCCUCUUCAAAACCCCUCAAUAAUCCCAGGCAAUGGCGCAGCAAGUACGGAGAUCGGCCACCGUCUUCUUCACCUCCGGUCGCCGUCGCCAUUGUCGAUUCCGCCUCCUCCGAUCUUGGAGUCUUUUGAGCUGUCGCCGUCAACCCGAAGGAGUUUGCCGCCGCCGGACCUGUUCGCGAGCUAUUACGGAUGACCAAGCUUCGCCAACCUUUUCUAGAAUCUCGCUUUCCCUCCGGUGAAGCGGCCGCAUGAGGACGACCUCGGCGCCGGUGACGUGCUGACCUUCAGGUUCCACUCCCUCGCCGUCUUGAAAUUAUUCGACCGCAUCCGCGAGUACCGUCUGCACGAUUACCGGUACCAGGCAACGCGAGGCUGGUACAGCUCCGGGACGGCGCCGGAGGAUGCUCUUCUUCCCUGUGCGGUUGCUCGACCACCGAGGAUGUAUGGGUGCGUGAUCGGGGUGCAGCGCGGUCGGACGGUGGAGGUCGUCGACACCUCCGACAUCUUGCUCGACACCGACCCCGGAACCCUCGACCGCGACUUGUUGAAGAAGAAGCUCGAGACCUACAAGAAGGCGUUCCCUGGCUUGGCCAUUCUUGGGUGGUACUCCAUUGACACUCAUGUGACGAACACCGAUAUGGAAACCAACCAGGCUUUGAUGGAUGCUAGUGGAACAACCUUUUAUCUUCUAUUCAAUCCUGCAAUGAACCUUUCCCUGAAGGAUCUCCCAGUGACUAUUUAUGAAAAAGUGCACUCUACCAAUAGGAGUCCCACUCCGUUAAUCUUUGUCCAAGGCAAAUAUAAAACUGAGACUGUAGAGGCAGAGAGGAUAUCUUUAGACCAUACGUGUCCUGUAGUUUCUGAUGUUAGUGUGCCACCUCUUGUUGGAAAAGGGCAACAUGCAAAUAUUAUGCAGACUUCUGGAUUUAAGCUGAUGCUGUUUGAAAUUCCUUCUGGUUUCGCGAUGUUUGAAGUUUCACAGGAACUGAUUGCACGCCCUAAGGACAUAUGGGCACGAUUUGCUUAUCAGGAUGACAUUACAAAUGUUAUUGUUACCCUGGGUUCUAUUCAGAUCCAUAACAAAUCUGUUGCUAGGGAUAUUAUUGUUGGUCCUGGUGACGAACUGAAAGAAUUUAUCCUAAGCUUUUGCACUCACAACUACUUAAUUGUUCAAGAUGUAGAGCUUAAAGAUGUUAUCGAGAAGAAACUUAAUAUCUAUUGUUACUGUAAUCCAACUGUUGUCGGUGAAUUGACAUGGGGACUGAACUAUGUCCUACAUAAGUUGUUACCUCAAGAGCAAAGUUUAACUCAUGAGCCUUAUCUUCCACUAAGCAAGGCAAUGUCUAAGCAGAUAAAAGAAUAUGGAUUCAAAAUCUCGCCACGAGAGAUUGACAGAGAGUUCCUAAGAGCUAUGAGUUUUUUAAAUUAUUUGGGGUAUAUGUCAGAGCGUUAUUCACUGCUGCUAGAUCAUUUGUUUGGACAAUAUCGUAAGAAUAAUAUGUCCGACAUUGAAUUUGCUAAAUCAAUUGCAUCUCAUCUUCAUUCCUCUGAGGGAAUUGUACCAAGAGAUGAGAGAUACACUAGAGCAGAGAUUAUGGAGUUCAUUGACUUCAUAAUUGCAGCUCCUGAAAACAGAAGCCGGACGCUAUCGUUCCUGCGGCGCAUCGAGGCAGCUUCUAUUGAUGAUUCUCCUCCACCGCCUUCACUGCCAGGAGGGAUGGGUGUUUCGUUGUUGAAGCGUCUUCGUUUGGAUUGGAUAACUGUUUGUUGUCUAGGAUGUGCAGUUGCUCUUUACCCUUUCUACCGCAGAGUAUGAAUGACUUUGUUAUAAAAUUCACUAUGUUUUGAGGACAAAUACAUAUUCUCUGACCUGCUUGAUUAGUACCAAA